AUGGAAAGUAUCAUUUCAUCCUUAUUGCUGCUCAUUCUGGGCUUGGUGGCCGUCAAGGCUGUUUCGAAAAGGUUCAGUGGCAAGUCUGCUGAUAAUGGCAUCGUCUCGUCCGUCUUUGGCUCGAAGAUUGAUCCCUUUUAUGCUGUUGAGCCUCUGGAAGACUUUGACUUCAAAACAACCCCUCCAAUUGAUUACAAGCCAUAUAGAACACAGGGCCAUGUUACCAUGGGUAUGUCUUCACAUCCUGCACAUCCGGCCAAUGUUAACGAACUAGGGAUCCAAAAACAAUCUCGCUCCAAUUGGAUUCGAAUUGACUCCGGUUAUCUGAAACGACUCGAAGAACGACGCGGUCUCGUUGAAGACAAGCCAGAACUCACCAUCGGAACAGGCAAGAUCGUGGAUCCGGCCAUUGAAGAACUCUACGAGGAGAUCAUGAUUAAGUACCUCCCCCAGCGCUUCCCAACCAUGUUCAAGAUAUGCGGCAAUAUUGUCGAAAACCUCGCAACUGGCUCAAAUUACCCGUUCACCACGGCCGGUCUCACUCCCGCUGUUAUGCUCCGCUACCUUUCUGAUAAUGUCGAGGAGGAUUUCUACUUCAUGUGUCCCGAUCCUGAUGGACAGUUCCGUCUCCGUGGAUACAUUGCUUGUUUUCCUGGUGGUUUUUUGAGCCCUGCGAGAGUCGGCGAGUCAGUUAGGGAGAUUCACCAGCCUGUUCCUGGUUACGAUAAGAAGUUAGGUGCCAGUGUGGACCGAUACUUUUCUCGCAUGAAACCGGGUCAGUUCAUCGGACGUAUGAACUGGUCUCUUCAAGUCGACGGCGCAGACCUCUUUCGUACCGACGGCAACAACUUUUACCCAGAAAAAGAGGAAGUCGUCGAUAACGAAAAGUACAGCCCUCCUCUGACUGAAUGCUACCUCCGCGCUGAGCAUCAGACAUUGACCGCUCUGCCCAAAUCCCGAGCAAUCAUUUUCACUGUCCGCAGCUACAUGACUAGACUUGACGAGUUGCGCGCAAAUGGAGAAGGAAAUGCCCUUGCCGACGCCAUCGAGUCCAUGCCAGAGGGUCUUGGACAGUACAAGAUGCGGCAAUACUGGGGUGGAAAGGUCUUACCUUGGUUGAGGGGUGGUCCUGGAGAUGCAACCGUGGAGUAG